UGUACAUUAUAACAUCAUUUUGGGAAGGGAGAGGUUGGAUCUUUCAGUUAUCUCGAGGUAGCAAGGCGGUCCAUGAGCAUCCUGGCACCUCUGAAAAAUGUAGGCCACCAGCUUCCUCUUCUGCCAAGCAGCUUCGAUGCGUUUCUAAACGACCGCCUCGCAUGAUCUCAAGCAUGUUUUAAUGAAAGGGCCGUGUUGAAGCGGAUGGCAGACUGUGUGCAUCAGCAGUGAUACGGCAUAUUCACAGGGGACAGCAUCCACGCGCUGGGAGCAGGACAAAAUGGCUGAUAAGAGUGACCUGAAAGCCGAACUUGAGCGCAAGAAACAGCGCCUUGCUCAAAUCAGAGAGGAAAAAAAGAGGAAGGAGGAAGAAAAAAAGAAAAAAGAGUCAGAGACCCAACAGAAAGCGGAAGCUGCUCCUGAGGAUUCAGACUUGGACCGCAAGCGCAGGGAGACCGAGGCCCUCCUCCAGAGCAUUGGAAUCUCACCCGAACCUCCAUUAGUCCCGACACCAAUGUCCCCAUCAAAGUCAAUGAGCACACCCAGCGAGACAGGCAGCCAGGACUCUGUUGACGGAGCCGCUGCUGGCAGAUAUAGGACCUUGCAGUGGGACACUGACCCCUCUGUUCUUCAGCUGCAGGCUGACUCUGAGCUCGGACGUCGAACGCACAGAUUGGGACCUUCUAAGAUAACUCAGGUGGAUUUCCUUCCCAGAGAGGUGGUGUCUUACUGUAAAGAGACUCAGACGCCGCUAGCAGCUCAUCAGUCUGAAGAAGAUGAAGAGGAGGAUGAAGAGGUCACAGAAAUGAAAGCUGGCCCAGAAAAUGACCUGCAGGAGGAGGAAGAAAGCAAGGAAACAAAGGAAGGCCACCCGCGGGAGCUGACGGAGGAAGAGAAACAGCAGGUUUUGCACUCAGAGGAGUUCCUCAUCUUCUUCGACCGCAGUAUUCGCGUGAUGGAAAGAGCUUUAGCUGAGGACUCCAACAUCUUCUUCGACUACAGCGGCCGGGACCUGGAGGAUAAAGAAGGGGAUCUGCAAGGUGGCUCCAGUCUCUCUCUCAAUCGUCUGUUCUAUGAUGAGCACUGGUCAAAGCAUCGGGUCAUCACCUGUCUGGACUGGUCCCCUCAGUACCCUGAGCUCUUGGUGGCCUCCUACAACAACAAUGAAGAUGCUCCUCAUGAGCCAGACGGUGUGGCUUUGGUGUGGAAUAUGAAAUUCAAGAAGACCACACCGGAGUACAUCUACCACUGCCAGUCUCCAGUGGUGUCCGUGGGUUUUGCUCGGUUUCAUCCUAACCUGUUGGUGGGAGGCACGUACUCGGGGCAGAUUGUUCUCUGGGACAACCGAAGUCACAGAAGAACACCAGUUCAGAGGACCCCCCUGUCUGCUGCGGCACACACACACCCUGUCUACUGCGUCAAUGUGGUCGGCACUCAAAACGCCAACAACCUGAUCACUGUGUCCACAGACGGCCGGAUGUGCUCCUGGAGCCUGGAUAUGCUUUCACAGCCUCAGGAGAGCAUGGAGCUUGUUUAUAACAAGUCUAAGCCAGUGGCUGUGACUGGAAUGGCCUUCCCCACUGGAGACGUCAAUAAUUAUAUAGUAGGCAGUGAGGAGGGAACAGUGUAUACAGCGUCCAGACAUGGCAGUAAAGCUGGAAUCUGUGAGAUGUUUGAGGGCCACCAGGGGCCAGUGACAGGCAUUAGUUGUCACAGUGCUGUGGGCCCUGUUGAUUUCUCCCACCUCUUUGUCACCUCCUCUUUUGACUGGACUGUAAAAUUGUGGAGCACAAAGCAAAACAAGCCGCUGUACUCCUUUGAGGAUAACGCAGACUACGUCUACGAUGUGAUGUGGUCCCCCGUGCACCCCUCGCUCUUCGCCGCCGUGGACGGUAUGGGUCGUCUGGAUCUGUGGAACUUGAACAACGACACUGAGGUGCCCACCGCUAGCGUGACAGUAGAAGGAGCCCCCGCUCUGAACCGCGUCAGAUGGGCCUCUGGGGGCAAAGAGGUCGCUGUGGGAGACUCAGAGGGACGUGUGUGGAUAUACGACGUUGGAGAGCUGGCCGUGCCCCACAGUGAGGACUGGGCCCGUUUCGGCCGCACGCUGAUGGAGAUCCGUGCCAACCGCGGGGACGGUGAGGAGGAGGGGCCCGUGGAGCUGGCCACGUAAAAACGGGAUCAGAGUCAUCACCAACCCAGACUGAGCCUGAUGUAACACACACAAUUAGCAUGUCCACUAGUACUGUGCUGAUUACUCCGAUAGUAUGGCCCGUUUAUCCAGAUAACGAAAAAUUGGUUACUAGCAAUGGGUAAAAAUAGUGCAUGGUUUUUUUCCUCUAAACCACUUAAACCACACGGAUUCUGUUGGUCAACUCAAUCAGGCCGUCACCUAUCAAGAAAAGUUCAGAAAUAUCUUCUGUGGAUCAAAUCAAUACAAACAUUAGGCCUGCGCUACCAAGACUGUAGUGAGCUUGGGCUUUAGGUUGGGGUCGAGGGUUAGUAGGAGGUUUAUUAUUGUGUAGGUAGUCUGAACUUUGAUUUAAAUGACCAAUACAGUCUUUAGAAGCAGCUGCGUGAUUUGUGCUUUAACUGGUUUAGAGGACAAAUCAUGAAUAAUAAAUAUUUAUUGACAAUUCCUAAAACCCUGAGGUUAGUCAUUUACUCUGGCUGCAUCUGAAAUCGCAUAUACUCUCUGAAUAGGUGGGCCUACUUACUAAAAUCUUCUGUAAAAUAUGAAUGUGUGAAGUAUGAAUUUAACAAAAACUUAGUUUACUGCAUUAGUAGUUUCUUUAAGAGCGACUCGGCCAUUUGUCCAUUUUAUAGGUUUGUCUUCAUAUUGUCACUGUUUUUACCAGUACAAAACAACUCCUUGUGUACUGCUUGAUAUUGCAAACUGUUGCGUCUUACCAUAUUAUUUUUUUUUUAUUUAUGUGUUAUCUUAAGUAUGCGCGCAAUGGUUUGUAGUUCAAAAAAUUUUAUUUUAUUUUAAUUUUAUUUUAUUUUAUUAAUUUAAAUUUUUUGCACUUUAUUAUUUUUCGUAAUUUCCCUAUAGCGGUUAAUGAACCGGAAGUCUCACACAUUUACUUCCUCUGAUCCGAAAUAAAAGGUCAUCCGGGUACUUUCGCUCCUAUUGUUUCACGAAUACCGCGAGUUGGGGCAUGCUCUUUCACAUUUGCGAUUUCGGAUGCAGCCUCUGAUUACAGUCACAUCGUGACAAUGUAUUUGCGCUAUGCCGUACACGUCGCUGUAAACGACAUGGUUUUUUUAUUUGUUUAGUUCUUUUCGUAAUGUGGAGGUUAAUGUACGAAAUUAGAAGAUGUCUGUAUCACGUGUUUGUCGCACCGCUUGCAACGCCACGGCGAAUGAAUCAUGUUGUGAAUGUGAGUCUGUGAUGACUGUGUAAGUCCCUCUGUCGAGUGGUUCUCGAAGAAUGCACGUAAAAUAAACAUUACACGACCGGUGUUGUCUAAAUCACUGAAAGCUGAAAUGUGACAAUACAAAUAACUGAAAACAGCGACUUUGAGUUCUUGAACAUAUAGUUUCUGGAAUUAGCAGAGUGUCAUAUUAGCAAAAUAUCGACUUUAUUUUACUCGCCGCUGGCGUCCCGUAAUGAACGUGAAUAUUGAACGCUGUCGUUUAAUUGACGUCAAACGCGUGCGAAAUGACACGAAGGGGAUUAAAUGACAGAAGUUUUAUAUUUAGGUAAACCGUCCCUUAAAUGUCGUACUCCUGGGUUUGCUACUAAGCUUUAAAAUGGGUUUAUUUUCCGUGCGUUUUAUGUACAGUUUUUUGUUGCGCAGGAGAUAAUUGUAUUUUAUGUUCCGUCUCUUUACCUUGAUGGCAAUUAAUGCUGCAUCAUUUAAUGUUAAUACCAUUUUUGAAAAUGUGCAUUUCAAAAAUGUGAAUUUGUAAUUACUUGCUGCUAGAAAGGCAUCUUCCAUGUUGGUUUGUGGUUAUUUCAGAUUACUUGGUGUGAGUGUAUAUUUUUGUACUGAGCCCCUGCAUGAAGCAUAGACAAAUUAAGUUAUAUAUAAGUUGGUGACUGUCAGCAAUACUCGGUGGCUUUCUCGUCAGUGUUACAACGAUGCAAGCAGGUAUUGUGCGCUUACUAAAAUAUGUUUCACAUAUAGAAAUAACGUUAUUGAAAACCAUAAGAAGUGUCUGGUUAAAUAAAACAAGUAUUGGCAAAUAAACCAUGCUUCUAGCAAA